GGGGGAAGUGGAAUCCAACGCACGGAUGGAAGAAGCUGGUGUAAUUAACCUCUUUCCUCGAGUCAAAGAAAAGAGGUCUGAGCGUUGAAGAGAAGAGAACUCGGAUGAUGGAAAUCUUUUUUGAAACAAAAGAUGUAUUCCAGUUAAAGGAUAUUGAGAAAAUUGCUUCGAAAGAGAAAGGAAUAACGUCUAUGUCAGUGAAGGAUAUCUUACAGAGCUUAGUUGAUGAUGGUAUGGUAGACACUGAGAGGAUUGGAACAUCAAAUUAUUUUUGGGCUUUCCCAAGUAAAGCAUUACACACAAGAAAAUGUAAACUGGAAGCACUGCAGAAUCAGUUCUCAGAAUAUUGUCAGAAGAAAAAGGAUUUAGAAGAAAGCAUCAAGCAAUCAAAAAUUGGGCGGCAAGAUACUGCAGAACGUGCAGCACUAAUAAAGGAAUUUAGUGCCUUACAACAGAAGAAAGACCAUCUAAAGACAGAAGUAGAUAAAUACAAAGAAUGUGAUCCAGAUAUUAUUGAAGAAAUCCGUCAAGCAAAUAAAAUAGCCAAGGAAGCAGCCAACAGAUGGACUGAUAAUAUAUUUGCUGUAAAAUCUUGGGCUAAACGGAAGUUUGGAUUUGAAGACAACAAAAUUGACAAAACAUUUAGUAUACCAGAAGAUUUUGACUAUGUUGAUUAAAAGUAUUUAAAUGGAUGUCACAUAACUUAAUAUUGUUCAAGAUGCCUUUAUUUUAAAUUUCAUUUCAUUCCUACCAUUACUUGUACUGUUAAU